AUGGCGGUCCACUGUGAGCGCACCUGCCUGCAGCACUGCCUGCAAGCUGCCCCUCUCCAUCCACUCAUACACCAACACCUGCCCCUCCUCUCCCCCCUCCUGCCCGCCCUUCUCCUCUCCCUCCUCCUGCCUGCUCCCCUCCUCUCCCCUCUCCUUCCCACCCCCCUUCGCUCCCCUUUCCUGCCCGCCCCUUUCCUCUCCCCGCGCCCGCCCCUCCUGCAUACCCCCCUCCCCUCCCCCCCUCCCGCACUCCCCUCUGCCCUGCCUCUGGCAGCCCCUCGAUGCCCCCCCCAGCCUGCCAGCUGCACCACCCCACGAGGCGGAGCACGUUGGGGUGCCCCACCCGCGCCAAGGCCAGUGCGUGGGCCUCCAGUGACUCCCACGGCGGCCCCCCUCUCAUGCGCUUCACUGCCCACACGCCCCCCCCGCCCCCGCGCCCUCCCCCUCCCUGCACGCAUCCCCUGCUUCCUCUGCAACGCGCCCCCCUCCUCUCCCCCUUCCUGCUUCCCCUCUCCCCCGUCCUGCUUCCCCUCUCCCCCUCUUCCAUUCCCACCAUCGCUCUCUGCCUCACUCCUCUCCUCGCUCUUUCCCCCCUCCGCCCUCCGCCCCGAUUCCCCCCAUUCCCCCCAUUCCCCCCUGUACACGUCACUCCACCUGCCUCCCCCCACCCUCCGCCCCUCUGCCCACCCAUUGGUGGCCCUGAUUAGGAGCUGCAAGGGGAAGGGGGGAAUGAGGGGAACGGGGGGAGCGGGGGAGAUGAAGGGAAUGAGGGGAGCGGGGGGGAUGAAGGGAAUGAAUGAGGGGAAUGAGGGGAAUGAGCGGAACGAGAGGUGUAAAUAA